AACCCGACCAGCACUUCAAAUAGCCGUUUGACCAAACCCGAAUCAACCAUUAAACAACACCAAAAAAAAAAAAAAUCUCAUUCAUCUCCCAACCAAAAACCUCACGAAAACCACCGAACCUCUCUUACACCGUACCGCGCCGUCGUUCCAACAGCCGUCACCGGGAAACUCUUUCCUCACUCUAAAGAAUGAGUCUUCCAAAUGCAACGGAGGACUUGUCGUCUGAAAUGGAGGUUGAUGCGUUUCGACGCCUUUUUCCGCUUCGAUAUUUCGAGCGGCAUCUUGCUGAAUCUAUUCGUCCUGAUGGUAGACCACUUAAAGAAGCUAGAGAAACAAGUAUAUUUCUUGGUGCUGUUGCAUCUGCUAACGGGUCAGCUCUUGUGAAGAUUGGAUCCACGACUAUGUUGACUGCUAUUAAAAUGGAAGUUAUGACUCCUUCCUUGGAGUCACCAGACGAGGGUUGUUUAGCUAUUGACUUCCACAUGCCUUCGAUUUGUUCUCCGAUUGUUAGGCCUGGCAGGCCUGCUGAAGCAGAGCCGGUUGUGUCAAAGCAGUUGUCUGACACCAUUUCAAGUUCUGGAAUGAUUGAUUUGAAAGAAUUGUCGUUGGUUGGGGGAAAAGCUGCAUGGAUGGCUUACUUGGAUAUCUAUUGUUUGGAUGCUGAUGGGGCUCUUUUUGAUGCUGCUUUACUCUCCGCAGUUGCUGCUUUAUCUCAUUUGCAAAUUCCAGCUGUUGCCAUGAAUGACGAUGGCAAAAUAGUACUGAUGUCCGAGGAAGAUGGACAGAAGCAGGCGAAGGAGCAAGUCAAUAAGGAGAAGAGGAAGCUCACAUUAAAAAGCAUUCCAUUAUCGCUAACAUGCAUACUUCACAAGAACUACAUCUUGGCUGAUCCUACCGCAGAAGAAGAAUCCAUAAUCGAAACCCAUGUGACAAUUGUUUUGGAUACAUCUGGUCAACUAAUAUCACUUUACAAGCCCGGUGGGCCUGUUCUUGCCUUUACUUCUGCUAUUCAGGAUUGUGUUGCCUUGACCAGGCAAAGAGUAAAGGAGCUAAAGAGCUUCUUAGACCAAGCAAAUUCUGCUAUGGAAUUUGAGUAGAAUAUAAAGUAAUAUUAACAGUUUUGAAUGGUUACUGAAAUUGUAUUUGUACAUUCUAAAUUAACGUACUGCUGGGGCACUGUUUUUUUUUAAAUAUCAUUUUCAUGAAAUUUAUAAUGGCAAAAAUUUAUAAUCUACAAGAUAUAAUUUAUUGCCAUUCCAACUUUGAUUAAGAUAUUUGGUCAGUAAUUUUCUGGUAUUUACUUAAAUCUGUAACUAAGUCAUUCCAUUCUACUUGAUGAAUGCUUUUCUCCUUCCUACCUUUGGGUGAGGAGUUAGAAA